CCGGCUAAUAAGCUAAUGUAGGUACGGAUUACUCCGUAGAAGAUUGCCAAAAAGAGCAGUGGCCAGAUUGCGCCCGGGAUCUUAACUCUUGAGACCAGCGUGGACAAAACGAUCGACUUCUCGACACACAUGUUCGAGAUGCGCUAGUUCUAAACAUCAUUGUGUCUGGCGACAAUCUCACCAACCGCUGCCAAGCUUCGCUUCGAAGUCAUAGCAUAUCUUUCUUGUUUGGCGCAUCUUCUCCUUGCUCUGCUUUUCCUCAGCUCAGCACGGUCUCUCACCUCGACAGGCCUACGCUCACCAGCGAGGUUUCUCAGUUCCUUCGACUCUCGGACAGCCUCGGGUAAUCUCAAUCUUCACACCGUUCCCAAGCCAUGCUCGUCCGUCUGUCAACGCUGGCGUUCGCCGCCAGUAUCCUGUCGACGCCCUCAUUGGUAACGGCGCUGUCGCCAUCCGAUAUACCCGCCGAUCUUCCCCUCUCCAAACUGCUCGAUUCGGCUCAGAGCCACCUCUCUAAGGGCGAAACCGGCGAUGCCCUCGUAUAUUACGACGCUGCUAUUGCUCGAGAUCCCUCCAACUAUCUAACCUUCUUUAAGCGCGCGACCACCUACCUAUCAAUGGGACGCACCUCACAAGCCACCGAUGACUUCGAAAAGGCGCUCAAGUUGAAACCAGGGUUCGAGGGCGCCCACGUACAGCUCGGAAAGCUCAGGGCCCGCUCUGGUGACUGGGAUGGGGCGAAGCAGCACUUCAAAAAGGCGAAGAAGACUGAGGAGAUUGCUAGUCUUGAGGAGGCCAAAGGCGCGGCGACGCUCGCUGAGGCAGCCGCCAAGGCACAGAACUGGGAGGAGUGCGUUAAGCAAGCCGAUGAUGCCAUCCUGGUGGCUAACCGUGCGCUGGCGCUGCGGGAAUUGCGCGCGCGGUGCUCAUUCGAGCGGGGCGCCGUCGAGAGGGGGAUUGGCGACCUACAGCACAUCCUGCAGAUGAAGCCAGGCGACACAUCACCGCAUGUCAAGAUCUCGGCCAUUCAGUUUUAUGUGCUGGGCGAACUGCAAGAGGGCAUGGCGUCUAUCCGGAAGUGCCUGCAUUCCGAUCCCGAGUCAAAGCGGUGCAAGCGGUUACUGAACGUCGAGAAGAAGGUCGAGAAGGCUGUCCAGAAGGCUACCAAGGCACUCGAGAAGGGCCAGCAUAUGACGGCGGUUCGGCCGCUUGUACCGUCGACAGACGGUGAUGGCUUGAUCAAGGAGGUAAAGGAACAGGUUGCGGAGCUGAGGGCGGACGGGACAAUACCCAAGGCCGCAAGGAAUGUUUUGGUUGCGAGGCUGGUUGGCAUGGCUUGCCAGGCAUACUACGAGUCGGACAGCAAAAAGGCCAAGGAAUACUGCGAAGAAUCUCUCAAAGAAGAUGAGAAUUCUCUCUACGGUCUCCUCUACCGCGCCAAGCACUUGAUGGAGGCUGAAGAAUUCGAAGCCAGCAUCAAUGCCCUCCGCAAAGCCGCUGAAACCCACCCGGGCAAGGAUGACGUCAUUAACCCCCUGAUGCAAAAAGCACAGGUCGAACUCAAGCGCAGCAAGACCAAAGACUACUACAAGGUCCUCGGCGUGGCCCAGGAUGCCGAUGAGCGCCAGAUCAAGUCUGCAUACCGCAAGCUCUCCAAAAUGCAUCACCCGGACAAGGCGGCCAAGCAGGGGCUUACCAAGGAGGCGGCCGAGAAGAAGAUGGCGGCCAUCAAUGAGGCGUACGAAGUGCUCAGCAAUCCGGAACUGCGCGCCCGCUUCGACCGUGGCGACGACCCCAACUCGAACGAGCAGCCACAGUUCCACCAUGGGAACCCAUUCGGUCAUGGGCACCCGUUCAUGUUCCAACAGGGCGGCGGCGGCGGGCAGCAGUUCCAGUUCAAAUUCGGCGGGUCUGGGUUCCCUUUUGGGGCCUAGUUUCCGGUUUCUUUUCCUUUCACUUUAUCUUCAUGCAUCAACUCAAGGGAGUUCAGGUGUUAUUAGGAAGAGGCACGGAAGAAAUGCAGUACAUGGUUGUAACUCCGUUCCGUCGGAGAUGGUUGGGUCGUUUCUUUUGGCAGCAGGGAAGCGUGUGUUGGUUAGCAGGAUCCAAUUUCUUUGGUGCGUUGGUGGUGUUGUACCUUUCAUCGCGGGCACUGUGUAGAGCGUGGCAAGUCGAGGCUUGUUUGAACAUACAGCGCACACAAAGCAUGGAGCAGACUUGCAAUGAAAUCCUUCGAGCCCCACCCAAGGGACAGCAAAUAAUACCCUCCAUGGCGCCUAUUAGGCCGGUUUUCAAAUUCGACUCAUGGUCUCUCCGCGCAGCAUGACUAUGGGAGCGGAG